GUAGCGGAACGCGCUGGCCGGUGCGGCGAGGCGGUCGCUUCGAGCUUGGUAGUUUGCUCCCUGAAGGGAGUGAGGGCGGUUAGGUACACUCGGUCACUUUUCCCUUCUCUGGGAGAUGUCCUUUGCUUCUCAGAUGUAAUGCACUUUAAGUUUGUUAUUCAGCAGUGAAAAUGAGUCAUUCAGAGGUUAAAUUAAAAAUACCUUUUGGAAACAAACUACUAGAUGCUGUUUGUUUGGUACCUAACAAGAACUUAACAUAUGGAAUCAUUCUUACACAUGGAGCAUCAGGAGAUAUGAAUCUUCCUCAUUUGAUGUCACUGGCAUCCCAUCUUGCAUCUCAUGGGUUUUUUUGCCUGAGAUUUACCUGUAGAGGACUUAAUAUUGUACAUAGAAUUAAGGCAUAUAAAUCAGUUUUGAAUUACCUAAAGACCUCAGGAGAAUACAAACUUACAGGUGUUUUUCUUGGAGGUCGUUCAAUGGGUUCAAGAGCAGCUGCUUCUGUAAUAUGUCAUAUUGAGCCAGAUGAUGCUGAUGAUUUUGUUCGAGGUCUCAUUUGUAUUUCUUAUCCACUGCACCAUCCAAAGCAGCAGCAUAAACUGAGAGAUGAAGAUCUCUUUCGUAUAAAAGAUCCCGUACUCUUUGUGUCGGGCUCAGCAGAUGAAAUGUGUGAAAAGAACUUGUUGGAGAGAGUGACACAGAAAAUGCAAGCUCCUAGUAAAAUCUACUGGAUUGAGAAGGCAAAUCAUUCCAUGGCAGUGAAAGGACGGUCAACAAAUGAUGUUUUCAAAGAAAUAAAUACACAGAUUUUGUUUUGGAUCCAAGAAAUCACUGAAAUGGACAAGAAAUAAUUGCCAUUAGUUAAAAGCCAUGUUAUUUUGAAUACAAAUACAGUUAAUUUAAUAAAACACAGGAUAACUCUCAGCACUAUGAGAUAUAUUUCAGACUAACUUACUGUUCUUUACUGUUUCCUUUAAUUUUUAAAUAUGUUUUAAUGGUGAAAUUAAUGUCUUUUACAAAAUUUCUUUUGAAAGCACUGUUCUAGUUGUAUAAAGAUGAUGUACAAAUAUUGAAGGUGGUCUAAAUAUAAUUUAUUUUCAGUAGUAUAGUUAAAGUUUUGAAAAUAUUAAACAUUUUCAAUUUUG